AUGGAGUCAGAGUCCUCAAGCUCUCCCAUCAAUGCUGAGAUUGACCGUCUGCCCGUCCCUACGCCAUUUCGUUUGACUCACUGCGUGAAUGAAGGCCAGAUGACACCACCCGCAUCUCCUUCUCUACAGGCUCGUCAUGGGCCAAAGCUGCAGCUUUCAAAGUUCUUUCGGAGGUCCAAGUCCAUCAGAUCGAAGCCUACUGGGUUCCACGAUAUGCUUCGAACCACGACUGUUCGACCAUCUGUGGUGGAGAUGAAGACUCCUUUCCCGCUUCUACUCCCCGAGUCUCCAUCGGUAACUGAGAAUAGUCCCUCGAUCCCAAGUCUAUCCCCUGGACUACGAAGGAUGUCGGCUAGUUAUCAUGAUCUACGAGCUGUUGCUCAACGACAGGCGAAUUCAAGUCCUCAAACACCACUUCUUCCCAGUCCGAUAUCGCGAGAGCCUGAAUUACAGGACCUCGGCUAUUUCCAUUUCGGAAAACCUUGCAGGCAGCGCGAUUCUUUGACAGAUACCAACUCGAUUGACAGUGAAGAUAUCUUAACGUACUACUGCGACGGUCGACGUAAAUGCAAGGAGCAGCCCAGAGGGUAUCGAAGAGAUUCAUGGACUACGGAUGACACAGAGAUCGAAGAUGAAGAACAGAGUACUGCGUCUGAAUCAAUGCCUGUGACACCAUCGGAACAGGAAUAUUGCCAAACAAUCCAUUCGGAUGAAUCGGGGUGGUUAGCUAAUACCACGUCCCACGAAGAGAGGAUGCGCAAAUUCAAGACCAGAUUCUAUCAGGUCGUUCAACGUCCUUGGACCAGUGCUUUUCAGGGUGCCGGCGAAGACGAAGUGAUGAUUGCAACGGUUCUUGUUGGUCCUGGCAAAGCUAAAAUUGUCCAAAUCCAAAGACCACCGUCGAGCCAAGCAUCGCAAGAAGCGGAAAUUGCACAUGCUGUAUGUGAACACGGAAAUGGUGAGGAGUCCGUACAUGAGCCUACGACCACAUUGGACUCCCGGCCACACACGCCAACUCAAAGGACAAUGGAAGUCUCUGCAUUCAGCCCGUAUGAUACGCCAGGUGCCGAGGACACUACACUCCAAUAUAUCAGUAUCGAAUCAUGCAUUUCCGAUACCCCUAUUACUGGGCCUCGAAUUGCAGAAAAUUGUGGGAUUGCAUCGCCAUCCUCAGAAAAGCUCGUACCCGCACCGCUGAAGUUGCCAUCACGGACAAGAACCAGUCGCUCGGACAGCAGUAUUUUCAGCAGUACAUUACAACAACUUCAAGACCUUGCUGAUCCAUUCGGCACAUCCUCCACAACUGCAUUUCAAAGCUCAGCACGGAAAAGACUGAAAAAGUCGAAGAGUAGCCACCAUAAUGGACAUUCGUCAAAGAAUUUCUCUUCCCAUCACUCACAAUCCUGGCCAAUUGAAGAUUUUCCACAACGGAAGAAGGAAAAUUGCCACCCACAGAAAUCAUCUCUCCAAGAGUCACCUACACUCCGAUCCACAACUCUGACUCGGCUGAGAAGGCUCCACAAACUAAACCGUAUUCUGUGUGCCGUAACACACGCUAUCGAUCACUUCCCGUCCAAUCUACUGUACCUUUCCUCACCUGUCGUGCUUGAACUACGGCCAUCAAAAGUCUCAGAUCAAAUGUACGUUGACGCGUUGGCAAGAGUCUUCCCGGGUGCAUGCAGCACCUUGCUCGAAAGCCUCACAGCGUGGAUCCUCAUUGACUUGUUCUUUGAGAAAGUCAGGAAUGAGGCGAGGGGAGGGGGCGUUCUUGCUCAGUUUGAUUCAAACCUUCAUGCUGGAUCUCUAUACUUGGGAGGGAGUGACCAUCGUUAUAGUUACGACUCAACCAGGACCGCCAACAAUGCCAGUGGCUACAGCUCCUACUAUCCCCAACGCCAGCAUUAUCAGUAUCACGAGCACCUCACACAAUCCCCGGGGCAGCAUUACCAACGACGACCCCGCCGGGACCGCAACAUCCCGAGCAAAGCGCACGAAAUGCUCGGCAUCGGCGCCCCUGAUGUGACAUCGAUCCGUCUCUCGGAAUUCGCGCUCAAAUGGCGCGCUGAGUCAGUAGCCGUCAGCGUCGCUGUCGUCGGGCACCGCCUCGUCGAAGCUAUACGUGGCUCCGCCGGCUGGGACGAAGACGUUUGGCGUUCUCUGCGGGUUCUUGUUGAUGUUAUCGGCGUUAGUGCCGCCAGUGCACGUGUGGGUGACAAUGGUGCUGUUGCUGGACGUGUAGAUGGAGAUGGAGAUGGAGCUGUAGAUAAGGAACAGCAAGGUUGGAGUGGUGGACUCUCAAACAGUCGUGAUGAUAUAGGCAGUGAUGAUGGUCGGUCAGGGAAUGUUGCGAGAGUGCAAAAGAAAGGCAAUAGGGGCAGGCCAAGCGGCAGAGAAGGCAGUGACUGGGUCUAG